AUGUUUCGUGGGAAGGGGAGCCGUGGGAUCUCAUGGAGGUACUUCCGAGCAGCCUCCUGGCUCCUCGGCUGCUUCGCACUUGGCCUGGCGGCUUGUGGGCCGGUCUGGUGGAGGAAGGGCCGGCCGAGGACGAUGCACCGGAGCUAUGCGGAGGUGGAGCUGUUGUCGCGGAUGGCGGAGCUGCUAAUGCCAGGGGAGCCCAUCGGGGAGCUGUUCCGCGACUUCCCGGUGGAGCCCUCCGAUUCGUGGGGGUCGCGCUGGCUGUGCCCCGGUAUUACUGCAUUUGGCAUGUUGAAGGACGAGGAUGCAGCUUUGUUCGUCGAGUAUGAUGGGCAUCCAAGACAUUAUGAUGAGCGGGGGCAGGAAAAGGACGAGCGUCUUCGCAUUGGUCAUGCAGCCCGGGAAUUGAGAUGGACGAAGAAUUCGAGGGAGGUGGUGAUAGACACAUGGUCUGCGGGUCAGGAGCGAACAUUGAUUCAUGUUGUGCGGCAAGUUGCGCAGGCUCUGCUCGGAAAUUGGGGAAACGUACUUCGCAAGGAGGUGUGCCAGCAUCUCCGUCGUUUUGGGGCAGCCGAGCCUGUGCCAGACCUUGAUCAGGCCAGCAAGUUCACGAGCAAGGCAGUGCUCACCAGCGACAUCGAGACCAAGAAGACCAAUGUGACUGCUUUCUUAGAGCAGGAGCUGAAGUUCUCGACGAAGGGAGUCCGAGCUUUGGCACGCAAGUUUCCACGAAUCUGGGGCAUCAGCAUCGAGAGGCUGAAAUCCACAGUCGCUUUGCUCGAAGACGUUGGGCUGAGCCGGAAACAGGUGGCCAAAGUCGUUGCUGGCCUUCCGGCACUGUUGGGCUGCAGCAUCGAUGGCAAUCUGAAGCCCACACUGGCAUGGCUGGAGGAUGUUGGGCUGAGCCGACAACAGGUGGCCAAAGUCGUUGCGGGUUUUCCUCAACUGUUGGGCUGCAGCAUCGACGGCAAUCUGAAAGUCACAGUGGCCUGGCUCGAGGAUGAUGUUGGGCUGACCCGAGUGCAGGUGGCCAAAGUCGUUGCUGCCUUUCCUCAAGUGCUGGGCUGCAGCAUCGACAACAACCUCUUGCGGAAGCAUUUUCUUCUGCAGCAGUUUUAUUCUCAGGAGCAGAUUUGUUCCAUGGUUGUGUACCAUCCAGCCAUGCUCGGAUACAGGCCGUUGCACGGCCGCCUGCAGAAGGAUGACAGCGCAUGUCCUUGUAAAACGAUUCCUGUGCGCUGGAGGCCUUUGUUCCUUUCUCCUGCGGCUGGCGACUGCUUCACUGCCCUGGGUGUCGCCAUGGCCGCAGCGCUGCCCGGCACAGGCCAAAGACAGAGGACACUGAAAGACCUCCACGCAGCCCUCUUCGCCUUGAAGCGGGCGGCCAGCUGGGAGGAAGCCGUGGCUCUGGUGCUCACGUCGCCGCAGGCCCCCAAGCUUGGCCUCGUGGCCUUCACCGCCGCCCUGGGCGCCUGCACUGCUGGUGCCAAGUGGGAGGUCGCGGCAGCACCGCCCGCGCGGAGUCCCGAGGGCGCAGCGUCUCAUCAAAGGAAAACCCAGAGCUCAUGGGAGCUGCAGGGGCUCCUAUCAAGAAAGGGCGGUGUGGGGCCUUGCCCCGGAAUUAUUUGGUUCUCUCCUAUGAAGAAGGGGCGGUGUCGGGCCUUGACCCGGGGGUCAUUUUGUUCUUUCGCGUUAUCGGGCCCUACCCGAAGCUACUUUGUGUCUUGUGUUUAA